AUGAUUGCAAAUACAACGAUAAAAUAUGAAAUUAUCAUCGUCAAUGGAUUUGCCAUAUAUGAUAACUUUGAUUGCAACGAUCAUGUGCUGGUGCCUGCUGUAUCGCCAACUCUUGAAGAACCUAUCUUUGUAAUGAAUGAAGGAAAAGCCAAAGAGCAAAGUCAAAAAAAAUGGAAAAAAGAAGAGGAAAUAAUGAUAACAUAUGUCGAGGACGGAACAUCGAAUCUACCAUUUGUCUUACAGGAUAAACAUGGAAAAUCUUUGGAAGAAACGUCGUCAUUAAAAAAAGAAGAGAGCGAAUCCAUUACAAUUUCUCCACUGAAAAUUGACAGUACUGCGAUCACAAUCAAUUCCUUUGAAAAGAAGAAUACAAUUUUACCGAAAAAAGACGACGUAAAAAUCCGACCAAAAUCCUCAAGUCCGAUAAAGAUAAUUGCGCUAAACGCUGGUCCGUCAAAGCAUCGAGCAACUAUUCAAAAAUUUCCUACAGAGCCAAAAAAUGAUUUUCAAUCAGUUGAUGAGCCAAAAAUGCAACCUCCUUCGAAGCCGAUUACUUUUCUAAAAAAUUCCAAAGGAAUUUAUGGAGGAGUGGUCGGUGCUUAUAAUCAUGAAGCAAUCGGUUGGAGACCUUGGGCUAAAUCAUCGAAUACAUUUUCAAAUUAUCAAACUUUCUUAAAUUCUGACUAA